AUGGCAGCAGUCUCAAUGGACGUUGAAGCGGGAAGAGAUGACAAGAAGAAGGGGUUCCACCAAGAUCUGGUCCUAGCUUACAAGACAUUGGGUGUCGUGUUCGGUGGCCUCGUCACUUCACCUCUCUAUGUUUAUCCAUCGAUGAAUCUGACCAAUCCCACCGAGGAAGACUACCUGGGGAUAUACAGCAUCAUGUUCUGGACCCUGACUCUGAUCGGUGUCAUCAAGUACAUAUGCAUAGCUCUGCAUGCCGAUGAUCAUGGUGAAGGUGGCACAUUUGCCAUGUAUUCUCUUCUCUGCCAGCAUGCCAACAUCGGCAUCCUCCCGUCCAAAAAGAUUUACAUCGAAGAAGAGGAUCUGGUCUCGACUGAGCCUGCUGUGACCAGAAGGCCAAGCAGGCUGAGGAGAUUCAUCGAGCGCAGCAUUGUCGCCAGGAGGCUGCUGCUCCUCACUGCUAUAUUGGGCAUGUGUAUGCUAAUCAGAGAUGGCAUUCUCACACCUGCUAUUUCAGUCUUGUCUGCUAUAGAUGGACUGAGAGGCCCUUUCCCAUCCGUCAGUAAACCUGUGGUGGAGGUUGUGUCUGCAGCGAUCCUCAUUGGGCUCUUCCUGCUGCAGAAGUACGGCACGUCGAAAGUGAGUUUCAUAUUCUCGCCAAUCAUGGCUGCGUGGACUUUUACCACACCGAUCAUCGGCAUCUACAGCAUCUGGCGCUAUUACCCUGGCAUCUUCAAGGCCUUGUCGCCACACUACAUCAUUAUGUUCUUCAUGACCAACCAGAAAAGGGGCUGGCAGCUGCUCGGUGCCGAGGCCAUGUUUGCGGAUCUUGGACACUUUAGCAAGAGGUCUAUCCAGAUCGCAUUUCUCACAAGCAUAUACCCCUCCCUCGUGCUCACCUAUGCUGGGCAGACGGCGUACCUGAUCAACAACGUCGAUGACUUCAGCGAUGGGUUCUACAAGUUUGUGCCGCGUCCCGUGUACUGGCCCAUGUUCGUCAUUGCGACACUGGCAGCUAUCGUGGCAAGUCAAUCGCUGAUCUCAGCCACCUUCUCCGUCAUCAAGCAGUCAGUAGCCCUCGACUACUUCCCCCGUGUCAAGGUGGUGCACACCUCCAGGAACAAGGAAGGGGAGGUAUACUCGCCGGAAACCAACUACAUACUCAUGCUGUUCUGUGUUGGUGCCAUCCUCGGUCUCGGCGAUGGUAAGGACAUCGGAAACGCGUUCGGGGUGGUAGUCAUCAUGGUCAUGCUAAUCACCACCGUCCUGCUCUCCCUGGUGAUGCUCAUCAUCUGGGACACGCAUGUGGUGCUUGUGGCACUCUACUUCGUGCCAUUCCUGAUCCUCGAGGGCACCUACGUGAGCGCAGUGUGUACCAAGAUCCUCAAAGGUGGGUGGAUGCCGUUUGCAGUGUCAUUGUUGUUGGCAUUAAUCAUGUUCGGCUGGUACUAUGGUAGACAGAGGAAAGCGGAGUACGAGAUGGCGAACAAGGUAACACUCGAGCGGCUCGGUGAGCUCCUCGCUGGUGCUGACGUGCACCGCGUCUCCGGGCUCUGCUUCUUCUACAGCAACAUGCAGGACUGGCUCACACCGGUGCUCGCGCACUACAUCAGGAACAUGCGGUCAUUGCACAAGGUGACCAUCUUCCUCACACUUCGGUACCUCCUGGUGGCCAAGGUCGAUGCCAAGGACCGUGUGGCCAUCCGGCGGCUUGGGCCCAACGGGGUUUACGGGUGCACGAUACAGUAUGGCUACGCCGACCCGCUCGACACCGAGGAGGACGAACUCGCUGACCUGGUGGUGGGUGCCCUGCGGGACCACAUCACCGAGGAGGAGGUGGCUCUGCUUGAGGAGGCGAGGGAGGCUGGGGUGGUGCACAUCAGGGGCAAGAUGAGGUUCCACGUUGGCAAGGACACGGGAUUCUUCGACCGGGUUCUGCUCGGCUUCUACGAGUUCCUGCACAGCACGUGCCGGUCGGCGCUGCCAGCACUUGGGAUCCCCCUGCAGCAGUGCGUCGAGAUCGGCAUGCUCUCCAAGGCCUGA